CCGCCGCCCCGCCGCGGGCGUGGGUGCCUGCUGGUGGCGGGUUGACGGCGGCGUGCCUCAGAACGUGGGGCCACCGCGGCGGGGCAGCGGGGCGGGGCCGAGGUGGCGGCCGCCAUAAUGUGUGCUUCGCCGCGUGCCUUGAUUGGCUGGCCCCGAGGCCCCGCCCGCCGCCCCGCCUGCCGCCGCCACUUAUAAGAGGCCGCGGCGGCGCGCGGCGGCAGGUUAGCUGUGUCCUGUGUCGCCGCCACCACCGCCGCCGCCAUGCAGCAGGCCGCCGCCACGGAGCAGGCCGCCGCCGCCGCCGCCGCCGCCACAACCGCCCUCACAGAGCACCAGCAGCAGCACCACCAGCACGCCGCCCACGCCGCCCCCCCGCAUGGCCGCCCCCGCCGCCCCCGCCUGUCCUUCAGCAUCGACGCCAUCCUGGGUGGCGGCGCCGCGCCCCGCCCCGCGCCGCCCGAGUCCCCGCCGCGCCCCGCCUCCUGCUGUAGCGCCGCCAGCGACGCCUCGCUGCUAAGCCAUGACUCGGAGCGCUCCCUCAGCCCCGCCGCGGCGCCGCCACCGCGCCCGCCGCCGCCCCUCCUGCCGCCCACCCACUGGCUGCCAGCACACCCCUACUUCACCUUCGCCGCCCACGGCCCGCCCGGCGCCCUGCCCAAGCUGCCCUCUUCGGUGGUGCUGCGGAAGCACAAGCCCAACCGCAAGCCGCGCACGCCCUUCACCACGCAGCAGCUGCUGUCGCUGGAGAAGAAGUUCCGCGAGAAGCAGUACCUCAGCAUCGCCGAGCGCGCCGAGUUCUCCGCCUCGCUCAGCCUCACCGAGACGCAGGUCAAGAUCUGGUUCCAGAACCGACGCGCCAAGGACAAGCGGCUCAAGGAGGCGGAGAUGGAGCGGCUCACCAGGCCACUCUUCUCGCCCUACGCCGCCGCGGCGGCCGCAGCGGUGGCGGGAGGGGGCGGCAGCGGCGGCGGCUGUCCUAUUGGGGGUGGCCUGAUGCCCCUGGCCGCCCGCCUGCCCGGUCUGCCCCUGCCGCGGCCCCUCGUGUCCCUGCUCGGCUAGUGGGCCGGGCACCGCCGCCGCCGCCGCCCACCGUCCAGCCUCCGCGGGGCGUCUAGUCACCCUCAGGUGAGUCCUGCCCCGCCCCGCCAGGCCAGGUGGCGGGGCAGCCUCACGCGGCGGGCCGCCUUGUGUUGCCCCGGCACCCAGCGGGGCGCUGCUCACACACCGCUGUGCCCCGCGGGGCGCCGCCCGCCACGACGCCGCCCCUGCCCGCUCAGCGCCCCACCACCGCCCCUGCCCGCCCCCGGAGGCCCGCCCCACCCCGCGGAGGGACAACACUGUGAUAACCGGAGAUACACACGCCGCCACCACUCAGCGCGGCGUGAAAGACAAUCUAUUAUUUUUGUAACAAUAAUAACACUUGACGAG